AUGAGCUCCAUAACGGUCUCUUCAGCCGAGUGCAGCACAUGGUAUGCGGUGUCCCUUACUACAGCUGUUGCUGUGUUUGCAGUGAACCUCCUAUCAAUUAUUCUUUUUGUAAAGAACAGUAAUCUUCGGACUCGUGCCAUGUACUUGGUUAUAAACUUGACUGUGGUUGAUAUGUUUGUUGGAGGAAUUGCCACAUUCUUUGCAGUAUUUCAUUUCCUCCUCUACGGUUGCAAAGCUGGAAAUAUAUCAUGGCCCUGGCAGGAAUUGCCACCUAUUAUGGUUGUGCUUUCCACGACCGAGGCGUGGCUCCCUCUCACCUCUUUAGCAGGUAUUGCAGUAAUUUCUUUAGAGCGGAUGCAUGCGACGUUUCGUCCAUUCAGGCAUCGCAACAUCAAAAAAUGGGCCUACGGGGUAACAAUUGCGGGCGUGUGGAUUUUAACUGCGAUGAUAUUAAUUCCCUUGCCGUUAAUAAGUCUCUAUGGGAACUUGCAUCAACAGUGGCAAUUGCUAUUUCCUUUCUACUUAUGGCGGUCAUAUUGUUUCCUUUGCCUUAUUGUUAUCUGUGUUUCUUACACCUCCAUUGCUUUAAAAUUUUGGUGUGGUACCCGUCCUCCAUCCCAUGGUGCUGCCAAUAGACAAAGAAAACUGACUGUGACAUUAUUCACAAUGACCAUUGUAUCUUUGCUGCUGUGGUUACCAUUUGUUGUAUAUUCUUUCAUUUCUUUUUUUGUUCUAGAUAAGAUUGCUUUCCUGACAUAUUUACGCUUGAGAUUAUCUUUUUUUCUUCUAUACCGCACAAACUCGCUUGUUAAUCCUGUUAUUUACACAAUCAGAAUGCCAGAGUUCAGAAGAGCUCUCCUGAUAUUAUUUAAACGU